UAUUUAUAGCUAGUGCCAAAAAUAAUCAACAAGGAGGCGGUGCUGCAGGUGGUUUUAUGUUUUUAUUUUUAUUUUCAUCGAUGUUUGUACUAUUAUGCAUCGUGGAAGAGAUGGAAUUUUAUGUUGCAGAAGACACUUUGAGUCUUCAGAAUCAGAAAUGAAUUUAGUGGGAGCACAUUCUACCACUGAUGAAGAUGAUAUUCCAAGGAAAGAUUAUGAGAGUCUUGACUACGACAGCUGUGACAGCCAUGUUUUACGGCAAGUAGUUGAAAAAGAAGAAUCAUGGUCAGCAAAGAACCUGGAGUUCAUACGUUGGGUUGUCACAUUCUUGAUAGGAAUUUUAACAGCUUUGGUUGCUGUUUUUAUAGAUCUUAUUGUGUCCUAUCUCAACAACUGGAAGUUUGCAACCGUUGAUAAGUCCAUAAUUAAAUGCAGUGAGGAUGGCUGCCUUGUUGUAUCUCUACUCGUCUUCCUGCUGUUCAAUGCUAGCUUUGCGUUCAUCGCUUCUGCACUUGUUUCCUUGGAGCCUAUCGCUGCCGGAUCGGGUAUCCCAGAGAUCAAGUGCUAUUUGAAUGGCGUGAAAAUUCCACGCGUGGUUCGGUUCAAAACACUUGUGUGCAAGGCGGUUGGUGUCCUCUUUAGUGUGGCUGGAGGUCUGUUUGUUGGCAAAGAAGGUCCCAUGAUUCAUAGUGGUGCGAUUAUUGGCGCAGGUGUCCCACAAUUCCAGAGUAUUACUUUCAAGAAAUUGAAAUUUAACUUUCCAUAUUUCAGAACAGACAGGGACAAGAGAGAUUUUGUGUCUGGUGGAGCAGCUGCUGGUGUUGCAGCUGCUUUUGGUGCUCCAAUAGGGGGCGUCCUGUUUAGUUUAGAAGAAGGAUCGUCUUUUUGGAACCAAUCACUAACAUGGAGAACGUUUUUCUGUGCCAUGUCAGCUACAUUUACACUUAAUUUUAUCCUUUCUGGGAUCAAGUUCGGCAACUGGGGUGGUGUGUUUCAACCGGGGCUUAUUGACUUUGGAAUAUUCCAGUGUGGUACUGGUAAAUGCAACUUAUGGUCAGCCAAUGACCUUUUAAUCUUCAUUGCAAUGGGAUUUGUUGGUGGACUCUUGGGGGCGCUUUUUAACUCUCUCAACAAGACUCUCACACGUUACAGACUACGCCAUGUCUGCCAGAAGAAGGUUUAUGUGAGGAUCUUGGAAGCUGUUCUGAUUGCUAUGGUUACAACGUUUGUUGCCUUCCUGGCUGCCAUGACACUUGGAGUAUGCAAGAAAAUUCCAGAGAUCCCAUCUGAUAACCAUGCAACUCAAGAAGCAUUCAACUCAACAAGGAAUUACUUCUGUCAGGAUGGUUAUUAUAACGACAUGGCAACAUUGUUCUUUAAUCCUCAGGAAGUUGCCAUCAAACAACUCUUCCACCAGGAAGGUGCCUUCAGUCUUUCUUCUCUAGGAAUUUUUUUCAUGGUAUUCUUUUUUCUGGCCUGCUGGACAUAUGGUGCGAUGGUACCCAGCGGUUUAUUCGUGCCUUGCCUACUCUGCGGUGCAGCUUACGGACGAUUCGUCGGCAAUGUCCUUAACGUGUAUGUUGGCUACAAGAAUAUCUACACAGGAACAUUUGCGCUGAUGGGGUCUGCAGCAUUUCUAGGGGGAGUGGUUCGCAUGACAAUUAGCUUGACUGUUAUUCUUAUAGAAUCGACCAAUGAAAUCAGUUACGGUCUUCCUAUCAUGGUAGUACUUAUGGUUGCAAAGUGGUCUGGCGAUCUGUUCAAUCGUGGAUUAUAUGAUAUUCAUAUUGACGUUAAGGGGGUUCCCCUUUUGGAGUGGGAUGCACCAAAAAAGGCAGAGAGGCUGCAUGCCCAUCAGAUAAUGGACACAGAUUUAAGUUACAUCUACCCGCAUACACGUGUCAGAUCCAUCAUCAACAUGUUGCGUACAACUGCCCAUCAUGCUUUUCCUGUGGUCACGGAAAGAGAGGAAACAUUGCUGGAACCAAAGAGUGUCUUGGCUCAGAAUAACAUUCUCUAUAAGAAGGAAAGAACAUUAACUAGAGCUUCAGAACAGCGCCACCGCACAUUAUCAAUCAAUGAUGGCAUCUAUGGAAGUUAUACUGAGCGUGAACAUCAUAUGCGAUCUAGAACUCAACCUGCUAGUCAAGAUGGCCAACAGCCUUGUAGUGAAAAUACCAGUGGUGUUAUUCUUGAUCAAGAAAAUGCAACGUCUGAGUCAUAUGUACAUACUGAAAUCGAAGAAAGAUAUCGACCUUUGACUUUUCAUGGACUUGUACUUCGUAGCCAUCUAGUUGUCCUAUUAGAAAAUAAUGUUUACUAUCCUGAAAACAUGACACGCGCAAGCCAACCGGAAAUAGAUUACGAGACACUGACAAAGUCGUACCCACGGUAUCCAGAUAUCCAAUCACUUAACAACCUUCACAGAAUCAGUAAUAAAAUGAUUAUGGAUGUGGAACAGUACAUGACGUCAUGCCCUUACACCAUCUUGCCAGAAUCCCCUGUUACCAAAGUAUUUCAACUGUUCCGUACUAUGGGGUUACGCCACCUACCGGUUGUCAAUAGCAAUGGAGAGAUUCUUGGAAUGAUAACAAGACAUAACCUCACAGAAGAGUUUCUAGAAAAGAAGUUACACCAACACCAACAUUAUGAUUGACAAGCUCCAGUGUUAACAUAGCAACCACCCGACCACCACCACUACUAACAAGUAUAAGACAACAUAAUUAAGAUUGUUUUUCAAAUAUAUAUUUUUUAACAAAAAACAAAUUUAGAAAUAUAUAAAAUUAUAUUAUAGCCCAAGGCAGUACUGCACUUUAUAAUGUUUUGUUUUGCUAUACAUUAAUUUUUCCAUAGCAACCAACAAAGUCAAAAUUGAUUUUUAUAUACCAGUAUAUUUUUAAACAAAAAUUACUUGCUAUUUUUUAAAAAGGAAAUAUUAAAUUAUAAUCUAAAAAUGUAAUUAAGUUAAUUAAAUAAUGUAUUUCUAAAUGUAAUUCAGUUAGUAGAGUGUAUAGUGUAUCUUUGUUUUAACAAUGCUUAUAUUGAAGAGUGAAGUUUCACAGAAAAUGUAAUUUUGAAUGCCAUCAUUUUGACUACUGUAUAUUUAACAAUGUAAAGACUAAAUAAACACUGCUAAAUAAUGCACA